AUGGUUCAGGAUUUUCUUGAUCACACUUUCAAUGACUGUGGUGCUGUUUUUACCGAUAGUUUCGCAUGGACAGUUUACCUGUGUUCAGGUUUCUUAUUACCACGUGAUCACACUCGGUAUCAUCCAAUAACAUCUACCGGCCAAAUUACACCACCAGUAUCACUUGAUUCAUACGACACCACCAGUCAAUUAUUACUUCCAACGAAAUCAUUUCUUGCCAAAUUUAUUGUAAAGCGAUUACACAUUUACUUUGGAAAAUGGUUACUUUAUGCAUCAUUAGGAACAUUUGUUGAGAAUUUUCAACCGAAAACUUAUGAGAAAUUUUAUAUUUAUCGAGUUUUGGAGGUUUUGCGAAACGUGAUCUUUGGUGGUGAUUAUAAAGAAGAUUUGGGUAUCACGUUCCAUGAACUGUUUUGGUAUUACGCGUGUAGUGGAGUUUUGUAUUUUUCAAUGAAUUACAUGUAUGAAUCUUUGUUAUUAAAUUCAACAUUUCUUCUUUACGCGUUACUUCCUGCUGAUCAAAAAAAUUCUACCACAUCAACAACAAUUAAUAAAAAUACGCCCACAAUCAAUAACACCACAUCGAAACUACUGCGUUUAUCACCCGAACAACAAAUAAAAAUCCGAGGAUGGUGUACACACAUGAUUUUUUAUUCUCCAACAUUUUUCUCUAAUCCAGAAUUCUCGCACUCACCACGUGACCUAUGGACAAACCGAUGGCACCAGUGUUUCAAAGAGCAAUUCAAACAACUCGCUUUUCACCCGACACGUAAGCUUACUAUCAGAUUCGGUGGGGGUAAAAAGCUUUCUUGGGCAAUAGGUGUCAUUUCUUCUUUUUUAUUAAGUGGAUUGAUGCACGAAUAUGUUCUUUAUGCGUUUAAAGGAAAUGAAGACAAGGCUGCUGGGCAUCAGUUCUUAUUUUUUGUGGUGCAAGCUGUGUUGUUUGUUACUUGGGAAAUGGUGGAAAGAGCAGCGAUGAUUCGUGGUGGUAAAAGUGAAAAUGAUCAGAAAGAGGAAGCUAGUCAUGAUGAUAGUCGAGAGAAGAAACCAAGUUGGAUAAAAAUUAUUAUUUGGAAUAUGAUUUUAAUUUGUACGGUUCCGCUGUUUAUCGAGCCAUAUAGAGGACGUACUCAUUGUACGAUGCAUUUUUAUUGUGGCACACAAUGA